GUGUGGGUGAGGAGGAAACGUAGGCAGAAGAAAAAGUUGAGAGGAAUAGAAGACAUAGCCUGCAACGGAUUUACACUCCUGUUCGAUCCCUGGAAGGCUCGCUUCUUGUCUUAUCUGGACUGAAUGACUUGGAAAAUAAUACUUGUCAAUCUGCUGAUAAAACAUGGAGGCCAGGUCCUUUAUCAGGCUGAGAUUCCAGUGCUGCAUUUAGGUAACAAAAAUGGCCUUCGAUAACUCUUCUUCCACAAACUCCACAAAUGACACCGCUGUGGGUAAUUCAGUAGCCACCGCUAUGGGUGCCCUCAUCCUCACCAUCGUCUUUCUCUUGGGAUUCCCUGGAAACCUCUUUGUCAUCUGGAGCAUCCUUGCACGAGCCCGAAAGCAAUCUGUCACCACCUUACUCAUUCUCAACCUAGCUAUCGCUGAUGGCUCCCUGAUGGCUCUUACCCCAUUCUUCAUUGUCUACCUGGUUCAGAUGAACUGGGUCAUUGGGAAUGUGAUGUGUAAGAUCCUUUUCUACCUCUGUUUGGCCAACAUGUACGCGUCCAUACAGCUCAUCAUGGUGAUGAGCAUCUACAGGCUGGUGUCUGUGCUAUGGCCGCAGCGCAUCAGUGUCAUCACCGGCAAAAGGACCAUCCUGCGUGUGCUGGCAGUGGUGUGGAUGCUGGUGAUGGUUGCCUCCAUUCCUGCACUUGUCUUUCGACAAGUGAAAUGUAAAGGGAAAAACUGCAUGUGUGAUUCCUUCCAUGAAAACUACAGGGAUGCGGUCCUGCAGUACACAAUGGAGCUUGUGUUGGGAUUUCUAAUCCCCUAUGGAGUCAUCUUAGUCAGUUACUUUUGCAUUCUGCGGCGGAUACGACAGACCAAAUUCCACCGACGCAUCCGCAGCGAGAAGCUCAUCCUGGCCAUCGUGUUGACUUUCUGCCUCUUUUGGCUGCCGUACCAUGUGGUCAACAUAAUUCAAGUUACCUGGGCUUUGUGUCCAGAGGGUUCAGCAAAAGUCAUUUUGGGCAAAAUAUGGCAAAACAGUCGUGCUGUCACCUCUGCAAUCGCCUUCAUCAGCAGCUGUGCCAAUCCGGUGCUUUACUUCUUCGCAGGGAAGUCCUACAUCAGACGAGAAGGGCUUUUAUUCAUGGCUCGCUUGUUUGAUGCUACAAAAAUGCUGGAUUCGUCCAGGAAAAGCCGGCAGAACAGCCAGAACAGUCGUGACAAAGACAAAGAUGCAGAAGUUGUUGUUCUGAAAGACCAAGAUCCAGACUCCACCACAAAUUCCAGCUGUAAUGCCAAACAAGUGAAAAACGGUCAAUAGAGGAUGCACGAGGCUUGAUGGUGUCACCACUGAACCACUCAGGCCUUUAAAGAUCCCGUCCAUCCAGAAUAUGAGUAAAUUUCCUUGCACAGCUGAUUCCUGCUAAUCAAAGACAACAACAGCAAAGAUUCAGCUGCUGCUCAGCAUGACUCUCUUAAAGUGGAACUGUUACAGACUUCAAAAUUAAUGGUAACUUGAGACUACUGCUGGAAAUGCUUGCACACAGAAGCCUCGCAAAAUGCCAUUUUUGUUGUAUUACUGUAUGUUAAUCAAACUAUAAAGGCCUCACUCGGGUCUGAACUAUAUGAUGAAAAAAAUAAGCCAUGGAGUACAAUUCAGGAGGCUCAGACUCAUUUUAUUUAAUCAGCUUCCCAUCAGUGUUGAUGGAGUUGGUUCCAAGACUUGACUGCAUGUUUACUGAUUUUUACUUUUUAUAUUUUUUGCUAUGCUUGUCAAUGCAUUUUGCUCAAACUGUUCAGAAAGACCAGCUCUCACUUUUAUAAAUAUAACUCAAAACUUGACACAUUUACUAUUAAAAUGCAUGAUGAUGUA